AGGCCGCUUUACUACCCUACUAUGUGACGCAUGUGUAUCCAACAAUCUGCUUGCCACCUCGCUAGCACUAGAGGCUUGUCUGUCGUAGCGCCUUGGACUUGAUCGGGAGUUGGCGCAUUUGUAGUCGAGGGAGGUGGAUACAUACACGAGGCAGGUGUCAGUUCUGGUUAGGUCAUUGGGAUAACAGCACGUGGCCCAAGUUCGAGACUAGUGGUUGCUAUGUGAGAUCAUGCACCCUUCAAACGGGAGGAGAUAGUAAGGAGCAGCUGGAAGCGUUCGUAUGUAAACUAUGCAUGACAUAAUCUGAAGAAAUAUAAACAGGCACACAGCAUUGGAUCUCGCAAGCUGCGAGAGAAGUUUGUAUCAUAUAACGACACAUAUCCGAUGUAUGAGUCAGUAAUUCAGGUGUACCUGGAGACUAACAAAGACACUCUCAUGUCCAAACAAGACCACAAGGCCAAGAAACGCAAGCACGAUGAGAUGAAAGAACCCAACAACAACGUGGUUGUCAAACCAGACAAGAAACAAGGAAAGAAGGAAAAGACGGAGAAAAAAAUCAAAUUAGAGAAAAAAGAUAAGAUGGGUUCCAGUUGCAACGAUUCUAAUUCUGGCAAAAAUACAGAAAAGCCUGUGUCAUUUGCUAACACAGUGAGCAAGGAGACAUCAAAGACCAAGAAGAUGAAAGUUAAAGUGAAGAAGCCCAAGAAAGAGUUUAAUGUGUAUCAGUUCAUGCGACUGAAGCGAGAGGCGAGUCUCAAUGCCUCUGCCAGAGUCAAUAUCAUGUUUGAAAAACUUCCUGCUACUCCAAAGAAAGCUAAACAGAAUAAGGAAGAGUCCAAUGCUCAGUCCAGUGAUAAAUCGGGAAAGGACAAGACAGGGCCUAAAGAUAAAUCCACAAAGGACAAAGCAUGCAAAUCAGUCAAGGAGAAGGAUAAAUCCUGUAAAGAAAAAGUUGAGGAUGUGAAGAAACAACGAGAGGAGAUUAUCAAGCAUAGGAAGGUAAAAAUUGAAGAAAAAAAGAAAAAUGCCAAAUUGGAUAAAAAUAAAAAUAAGAUUGAUUCCAAAGGAAAGACUUUGAAAAAAAUAAAGAAAUUAUUACCAAAAUGUAAAGCUAAAGACAAAAGCACAGAUAAAAAAUCAAAUAUUAAAAAGAAAAAGGACAAGAAAGAUGAUUUAAAAAAAAGAAUGAAAGAUAAAAUGAACUUGGUUGGAAAAACUGGCAAAAGAAUAGCCAAUCUAAACGCAAAAGCAUUGAUGGCUGCCACAAAGGAUGUGAGGCCGAGUUUGGAACGUGCUGCUCGGAUAGACCGCUUUUGUGUUUCAUGGAAACGAGUAUCAAUAGCGAGCAAGCAUCACCCUGUAGCUCGGUGGGUGGAUGGGCUGGGCUCCACCGUGUGCUGUACAACUCAAGCCAGUGUUUGCAUCUCCAAGAAAGAACAACAGAUUUGUGAGGAAUCUAAGACGACCACAACCACUGUGAUGACAGCCAUCCAGAAACCAUCGACAAUACCAGAAUCAGAGACAAUCAGUGACGACCGCCCUUCCAGUGUUGUGGACGUGGUCGGAGCGCACACUCCAGUGAAACCCUUGUCCCGGACACCACACUGCCUCACGCCCAUGUUCUCACCCAGUCACAACUGUGUUCCACCGUGUAAUGGUUUCUCGUGUGGGUCGGGUUCGGAGAGGUUUGUCACCGCGGGGCAGUACCAGUCCUUGACCCUCGGAGGUAUCGGGAGUCUCAGUAGCAUUCAGAUGAUGUCGUACAACCACCAGUCGCCCUACAGGAGCGCAUUUAGUGUGCCAUUCAACCACGCAACUAUUCCAUCUUACAGUUACUACGGUGGAGGAUUCUACCAGCCAAACCCGCCGGUGCUGCACCAGUCUAUCGACCCCUGCCUGCUGCCCCACCACCUCCCCGUCCCCGUCCCCCACGCACAGGUGAAGGUCCUCAUCCACAACCCCGACAACUCCCACGACUGUGCGUUCACCAGCUACACCAAACACGACAAGGAAAUCCCUGAGGAUGCCGCUGGUGGGAACUCCGUCAGCAAGAAGCCAAAAGGAGACAACAAAUCCAAGCCAGAAAACCCCAAGCCAAAGAAGAAGGUGGAGAGGAGGCGCAGCAAGAGUCCCAAGGAUGAGGGGGUGGAGAAGAAGGGGGGAAGUAAAGUAGUUCCGGCAGCCGUGCAGCGACAGAUUUCUUCACCCCCGCACAGCUGGAGGUGGUCAGGGGAGUCGGAUAUGAAAGUGGUACCAAGUCUGGGGGACACCCCACCGGUGAAGCGGAAGAGUUACCCAGCCAUACAACACAGCAGUGGGGAUAUAAUCCGAGUGAGGGACUGUGUGCUACUCCGGUCUGGACCAAGAAAGAAAGACAUUCCAUUUGUAGCCAAAGUUUCUGCGCUUUGGGAACAUCCCGAUGACAAUGAGAUGAUGAUGAGCUUACUGUGGUACUACCGUCCUGAACACACAGAGAUCGGCCGUAAGCCACACCAUGUCGACUGUGAAGUGUUCGCUUCCAAGCACAAGGACGAGAACAGUGUGGCCUGCAUAGACGACAAGGGCUAUGUGCUCACCUUUAAUGAGUAUUGCAGGUACCGAGCAGAAGUUUCCAGAAGUGAUCAGCAUGCAUGUGUACGAUCUAAAGUAGUUCCCGACAUGGAUGGAGAUAGCCCAAUCCUUCACCGUAUGCCUGGAGUCGACGUCGACCCUUCCACGGUGUUCGUAUGUCGACAGGUGUAUGACUUUAGACAAAAGAGAAUGCUAAAAAACCCAUCUUGAGAACUGCCCCAAGUUGUAGUGACCGGUACUGGACCAUCGAGUGUGAGUUAAUGACGACGUCACCUUCGUGUACUUGACCAAUACGACCCACAACUCCCACAGGGAGACUCACAGUGCAAUACAGUUUUAAUCAAGGACCUUUUCAGUAUUGCUGCUACCUUCGGAUGGAGGACGGCAUGUUUCAGUGUUUGAAUGGUGCGAGUGUCUACCUGCCUUAUUCCACGUACACCGAUGUUGUGCAAGACGUUCAUCACAGUGUCCCAAGACAGUGUCAGAAGUAGAUGAGGCCCUCUCGAGGUGACAACAUCCCAGACAGUGUCUCAAGUAGAUGAGGCCCUCUUGAGGUGACAAUGUCCCAGACAGCGUCUCAAGUAGAUGAGGUCCUCUAGAGGUGACAACAUCCCAGACAGCGUCUCAAGUAGAUGAGGUCCUCUAGAGGUGACAACAUCCCAGACAGUGUCUCAAGUAAAUGAGGUCCUCUCAAGGUGACAACAUCCCAGACAGUGUCUCAAGUAAAUGAGGUCCUCUCGAGGUGACAACAUCCCAGACAGUGUCUCAAGUAAAUGUGGUCCUCUCGAGGUGACAACAUCCCAGACAGCGUCUCAAGUAAAUGAGGUCCUCUCGAGGUGACAACAUCACUCCUGUGAAGAAGUGGACCGCAUGUCUUUGACAUCAUGGUUGAAGUCAACAAUUAAUUGUUUUGUUGAAGUUUUGUUUUCUUCCAUGCCAAAGUAAAUUAAUAGGACCCUCGUCCUAUUUCAAAAACACCCAUUCAGCAGUAAAUGUGCACUUGUUUCUAUGGUGACAUGGUAAGCCAAUAGUUGAAGUUUUUGAAUAAGUCUUUCUGUUCAUAUGAAUGUUUGUGGAAUAUUUUGUAGCCCUCCUUGCUUAAGAUAUUAUUGUUAUUACUUUUAAUAUAUUAAUCACCUUUUAAUAGGUAUGAUCAGAAUGUCGUUCUAUUUGAAUAUACACUUGACAUAUCAUGAGAACCAGUUUUGUGGCUCAUGGAAAGGUUAAAAGAUUUCCCAUACUAAAGUGGAGUUGAAACGUCUACAAUCCUUGCAGUACGAUCAGAGCAGUGCCAUAUAUAAUUUAUGAGUUUUCACAUGUAAAAGUAGACUAUCAUCAAUCUAUGGUAUCCAAACAGUUGACAGAAGUUCAAGUCAUUUCAAUAGAAAAGUGAACUGGGCUCUUUGGUAGCCAAACAACACAGCAGACCUAUUCUUUGUAUUGUCAGUAUUGUAGAAAGUGUAGUUGCCAUGGUUACUAUUGUCAGGGUCCAGAAUAUACUCAUAGAAUAUGAUCAAAGGAAGCUAUAUUUGAAUCAGCAGGCUGCUGACAUGCAAUUUUAGAUAACUCUAGAUCUGAACUGUACCCUGAGCAGUAUAGUGUGGCUUUGUGUGUGAGUAUGGAGGGAGUGAGAAGAGACCACACACUGGGGUGUGUUCUUGUGAGGUGAGGUGUUUAUGAAGUAAUUAUUGUUAAAGAAUCUGUUUACAGCCUGAUCUCAAUAUGUAUCAGAUGUGAUCAUUGAUGAUUGAAACCGACAAUGUGAUAGGUACAAUAUGUAGGUAAAGUUGUUGACGCUGUACUGUACUUCCAUCUUUGUGUCUGCAAUGUUCAAUGCACUGUUAAUAUUAAUGUUAUGUUUUGUGCACGUUGGAGUGUUGUCAAAAUAUUGUGCAUAUAUUGAUGACAAUUUGUUGACAAUACCAUUGAUCAGUGCUACAACUGCAGUUUGGUGUUAUGUGAUUAUCAAGUCUAUAUGCCACUGUCAGCACUUCCAAUAAGGCAAUAUUUUUUUUAAAUUUUGGCUUUGAUGGUUUAAAAACAAAAGAUACACCUAUAACAAAAAGAAGAAAAAAAGUAACAAUGUUUUGAAUGAUAAUUGAUCAAAUGCAUUGUAUAAAGUCUCAGGCCACAGUCAUAUCAAAACUAAAGAAUAAAAAACAGCAUGGUUUGACAUGUUUGAACAAUGUGUAUAUGACAUUUGCAGACAUUGGUGUUAACAGUACAGUAUACAGAAUUUGUGUAUACAUUGCACUUGCAUGAUAAUUAUUCACAGUAUUCACAAUGUGUGUGUGUAAACAUAUGUUAACACAUGCAUUAUACAGGUAUACCAACAAUUCGCUUGGCAGAGUUGUGUCUAGGGCUGCAACGAUACAGGAAGGUCACGAUACGAUACGCAUCUCGAUAUUCUGGUCACGAUACGAUACGUAUCUCGAUACGCAAUGAUAAAAAAACAAGACUUAAAUCAUGUCAGGAUUGAACCGUUCAUGAUUUUGGAACAGUCAAAAUUAUUUUAUAAUAACAAGACUACUGAACAUGCUGAAGUUGUUCAGCUUCAAAGUGGAACUUUCUCUAAUUUUCCUUAAAAACAAUUCAAAGUUCAAACACCAGAAAAUAAUUAAUGUGCUCCACCAGUGAUACAACGUCAAAAGAAUUUUGACGCAAUGGUCGAAGAAAUUGUAUCUGAAUUUUUUGUUUUAUCAGGAAUAAUAUAUUCCAAUAUCGUGUUAUCUUAGUUGCAGCUUUUACUAUAUAUAUAUAUUUAAAAUUAUAAGAACCACAA